CGGCCGGAAGACAACGUCCCCAGAUGUCCGUCACUUCCGGAGCUUGGCGUGACCGGGCGUGGCCGUCCCGCCCCUGGCGGCGUGCCUGGCGCCGUGUUCCGCGUCCUUGCGACCGUCUGUUCCGAGCGCGCAGCCGCGGCAGCCAGGCCAGGUCAGAGCAGCCCACCAUGGGACGGGGAGGGGGUGGAGGCUGCACCCCGCGCCCACCCAUCCACCAGCAGCCACCAGAGCGCCGCGUGGUCACCGUUGUCUUCCUUGGCCUCCUGCUGGACCUCCUGGCCUUCACGCUGCUGCUGCCCCUGCUGCCCGGGCUGUUGGAGAGCCACGACCGUGCCCACGACCCCCUCUAUGGCUCCUGGCAGGGUGGGGUGAACUGGUUUGCCACCGCCAUUGGGAUGCCAGUGGAGAAGAGAUACAACAGUGUCCUGUUCGGAGGUCUCAUUGGCUCAGCCUUCUCUGUCCUGCAGUUUCUGUGUGCGCCACUCACUGGGGCCACCUCUGACUGCUUGGGGAGGCGCCCGGUGAUGCUGCUGUGCUUGAUGGGUGUGGCCACCUCAUAUGCAGUCUGGGCCACCUCUCGGAGCUUUGCGGCCUUCCUGGCCUCCAGGCUGAUUGGGGGCAUCAGCAAAGGGAACGUCAGCCUCUCCACGGCCAUCGUUGCUGACCUGGGCUCGCCUCUGGCCCGCAGCCAAGGCAUGGCGGUCAUUGGGGUGGCCUUCUCACUGGGCUUCACCCUGGGCCCUAUGCUUGGAGCCUCCCUGCCCCUGGAAAUGGCACCCUGGUUUGCCCUGCUCUUCGCAGCCUCCGACUUGCUGUUCAUCUUCUGCUUCCUGCCGGAGACGCUGCCCCUGGAGAAACGGGCGCCGUCUGUCUCCCCGGGGCUCCGUGAUGCGGCCGAUCUGCUCAGCCCCCUGGCCCUGCUGCGCUUCUCGGCCGUCGCUCGUGGCCAGGACCCACCCACUGGAGACAGGCUCAGCAGCCUGCGCCGCCUGGGCCUCGUCUACUUCCUCUACCUCUUCCUGUUCUCGGGCCUGGAGUACACGCUGAGCUUCCUCACACACCAGCGCUUCCAGUUUAGCAGCCUGCAGCAGGGGAAGAUGUUUUUCCUCAUCGGCCUCACCAUGGCCACCAUCCAGGGUGCCUAUGCCCGGCGGAUCCACCCUGGUGGGGAAGUUGCUGCCGUGAAGCGGGCCCUCCUACUGCUGGUGCCUGCCUUCCUCCUCAUCGGCUGGAGCCAUUCUCUGCCCAUGCUGGGCCUGGGGCUGCUGCUGUACUCCUUUGCCGCCGCCGUUGUGGUGCCCUGCCUGUCCUCCGUGGUCGCUGGCUAUGGCUCACCAGGGCAGAAGGGCACGGUCAUGGGUACACUGCGCAGCCUAGGCGCUCUGGCCAGGGCCGCGGGGCCCCUGGUGGCUGCUUCAGGUGAGGGCACGGGAUUGUGCUGGGGCAGGCUGGGGGCUGGGCACCUGCUCUCACCUCCCCAGUGCCAGCCCCCUUGGAGCCUGGGUGACGCUGCCGUCUCUCCGCAGUGUACUGGCUGGCCGGGGCCCAGGCCUGCUUCACCACGUGGUCCGGGCUCUUUUUGCUCCCCUUCCUCCUCCUACAGAAGCUGAAUUACUCGGCACAGACGCUCAAGGCUGAGUAGCUGAGCCACUGUGCCCAGGCUGUGGGCACCAGGCAGAGUGGGAGCCUGGGUCAGAGCCCUGCCCCCUGCCUGACCCCCCUCCUUCCCAGUCCAGGGAGACCCUGUGGGUGGGAGCCAGCCCCCCAGCAGGAAGCCCAGGCAGCUCCUGCAGACUCAUUCCUAUUAAUGACUCCAAGCGGCAGCAGCACUCCAAGGCUGUCAGGGUUUCUGUUUGUUUUCUAAACUAUGCACCAGGUUUCUGAUGAUGAAAUAAAGCACCUGUUUUAUACCAAAU